CGUAACGAAAAUAUUUUGAUUACGAAGUCUUUUGUGUUGUCUGCGACUUGGUGUGAAAAACACUCCCAUUUUGAUUUUUUAUUGUGCAGGAAAAAAAGUAGCCCCAGUAUGACGAUAUUCAGUGUAAACAUUCGCCUGUUUUAACAUCCAACUCGAAGAAACGACCAGUGAAUCAGAAGUUGGACAUAGGGUGCGAAAAUUUGCUGAAGUUGCAGUCCGAAGGGAUUCGACGAAUUUUCGAACGAGCAGGAAGCAGCUGGAGUAAUAAAGUGGCGUGAGUAAUUUCGCCUUUGCCAAGGAAGGUGUCGUCAGCCAUCGACUUCCCAGAGAGAGGAAACACGGAGAAUUACGCAUCGAAACAAUGGACAACGAAAACGCAAUCGAGGAAAUCUUCAUUCAGCAUGGAGUCACGCUGAAGAAGGCGAGCGCAAGUUACAUUUCGGCACUGGACACGAUUGGAGUGCUGCUCUUUGGAAAAUAUAAAAAGGAGAAUCUACAUUACUUCGAGUGGAAGAUGUCGGAACCGUACGAAAUUAUGGACACCGACAGUCAGGACAGCGAUUGGUCUUUGGUGCACACGGGGAAAUCCUCGGACGACAGCGCCAACUCCGAAGGUGAUUCUCAGAAGAGCUCCCGGAUCACCAUACGGGUCCUUUUCCGGGAUCUUAAGGGCAUCGAAUCCCACAAUACCGAACUCCGGUUGUAUGUUCAGGAUGGCGCGAGGAAAAGCCUUUCCGUUCAUAGUCUCUAUCUGUUCAAUCAUGGCUCCCCGCGCUCGUUUGUGGAUUUCCUGGAGCGGAAGCAUUUCGUGAGCAGAAGCAAACACCGGAAGCAUUUCUUUCACUGCAUGGAGGAAACCAAUAGUGACAAACUGCAGAAGUCGUUCUCGGAGCUGAACAUCGAGGACAUCAUAAGCCAACCGGCGGCAGGCAAUUAUUAUAGCAAAAUCUUUGCCAACGUGCAUCACACGAUCCUGUCAACGGCUAGGCAACAGGUCAGACCGCGCUUGUCUCAUUCGCGAGAGAAUCAGGAUCCGGAAGAGGAUGGGGAAGCGAGUAGCAACGGAAGUGAGAACCGUGUCAAGAGCGAGAACGUCAGCAAAGAUGAGCGUCGAAAAUUGGCGCCAAGACCGGAGGUGCAUCGGGGAGAACCGCUGGACGCCAAGAAAUGGGCAGAAUUCCACGCUGCCAAUGGAGCCAUUACCGAUCCGAACCGAGUUCGGGAUAUCAUCUUCAGAGGGGGCAUUUCCGACGACAUCCGCGCCGAAGUGUGGAAAUACCUGCUCGGUUUGGAUCUUUGGGAGCACACCGCCGCCGAACGGGAGGCAAGGCGAUCGAGCAAAACCCAGGAAUACUUCCUCAUGAAACUCCAGUGGCAAACGAUCACUCCGAUCCAGGAGGGCAACUUCACGGGCUAUCGGGAGCGAAAGUGCCAAAUCGAGAAGGACGUAAAACGAACCGACAGGACGUACGAAUUCUUCGCCGGGGAUAACAAUCCGAAUCUAGUUAAACUGCAGGACAUUCUGAUGACCUACGUGAUGUACAAUUUUGACCUGGGUUACGUCCAGGGGAUGAGCGAUCUCCUGGCGCCGAUCUUGUGCCUGUUCCAUAAACAAGCGGAAAGCUUCUGGUGCUUCGUCGGCUUCAUGCAGAAGGUCUUCAACAACUUCGACAUCGACCAGAAGGGAAUGAAGCAACAGUUGGAGAAUCUCCGAACUUUGCUGGCCUUCGUCAACGAGAAGCUCUACAAAUACCUAACGGACAACCAGUCGGAGAACAUGUACUUCUGCUUCCGGUGGCUUCUGGUCUGGUUCAAGCGGGAAUUCUGCAAUGCGGACAUCAUGCUGCUGUGGGAAGUGCUCUGGACAGGCUUGCCCUGUCCGAAUUUCCACCUCUUCGUCUGCGUGGCCAUUCUCGAUCAGGAGAUGGACGUUUUCAUUGAUGGCAACUUCACGUUCACCGACAUCCUCAAACAUGUCAACGAACUGUCCGGCAAUCUGAACGUGACGGCCAUCCUCGAGCAGGCGGAAAGCAUCUACCUGCAGGUGAAGAACACGAUCGAGACGGCCAAGGAGCCGCACGUCGAGCUGCGCAAAAUCAUCGGGGAGGAAGUGAGCCCGGCGGGAACCAGCGGAACCAGCGGCAGCGAGGAAGAUGACGACAGCUGCAUGUCCAUUGUGAACGAAAAAUCCUUGGACGAUCAGGAAAUGGCCAUCCAGCGCAAGAUUGACGAGGCGUGUGAUUUGUCGAUGAGCUUUGCGUUAUUUUAGGAGGGUAAGUCUGUUAAUAGGUUCUUAUUUUUCGGGGAUUUUUCUAAAAAUACGAAAUAAAUUGACCAUUUGGAAGGGAUGUAUAAAUAUUGUUUAUAAAAUAUUAUCGCUUGAGGUACAUUUGAAAUCAUGUAUAAUUUGUGGAAUAAAAAUAACGAUUUUGUUGUAUAUAAA